AUGGCCCCUCCGAGAUGGAAAAGUGCCGAACAGCUUACGUGGCUGCAAAAUGAGGUUCCAACGUACCUACAGAUGCAAAAAGAGAAAAAGCUGGUCCGGUUUUUUGAGCUGCUAUACCCCAAGUGGUUCAGAUCAGAAAAAUCACCUGACCACAAUGACGCCAACAUCGACCAAUCUAGUCUUGACUCGGAUGCAGCUGUCAACGAGAUCAUUGCCGAGCUGGACCAUGAAAACGCUAUAAUUCCUAUCAGUGAUGUUAAAAAACAGAGUAACUUGGACGCAGAACUUGCCGAGGCACUCAAGGACCCCAUAAAACAUCGAGGUAAACCCGCACGAGGCACUCGAGACCUGAAAGAAGUCGAGGUGUACUCACAGCUUCAUUAUGAAUCAAAAGUCAAGCCUUUGGUCUCGGACAACAUCAGGGAAAACAAGCUUGCAUUACCUGACCAGAGGCUUUGUGCUGUCCGGCACCACACAAGUGAAUGUUUUGCAAAGGAGUCGGAAGAUGUGAAGGAGAGUACUAUCAUAGCAGGUUAUAUAUCACGUUUUACACAGACUGCUAUCUGCACUGAAGGAGGUGGUGAUGAUAAUUGCGCGCCGCAUGUUCGUCAUGCUGAAAAGCACAGGGAAAAAGCUGCAGGGGCAAAGGGCAUGGCCCAAGACAAAGACAUGGGAGGACCUGAAGGAAGAGAAAGUCAGCUCUUAGAGGGACGAUUCAAAAUUGGGCUAUGA